GGAAUUUGUGUGUGCGUUAUACGAGAAAUUUGUGAUUAAUUUAUAUUAAACAAAAUUGAGGUUAUAUUUUGGGUGCUUUGGUUGACCAUGAUAGUCUGUCUGUCUGUCUGUCUAUUGCAAAUGCAAUGCCAACCAGGCUGACUUGUAAAUACGCGUGUAUGAAUAGUUGGUGCGGGGAAGAGCACAAGUAGUGAGAGUAGAUUGCUUCGUUGUCAAUCAUGUCGCGUAGAAAAGACCACGAGGAGACAGAUAAACAAACGCGUAUUGCUAUAGUUAGCGAUGAUAAAUGCAAACCAAAGCGUUGUCGUCAGGAGUGCAAGAAAUCAUGUCCUGUAGUGCGUAUGGGAAAGCUUUGCAUUGAAGUCACGCCUACUUCCAAAAUUGCAUCUCUUUCAGAAGAACUUUGCAUAGGUUGCGGUAUUUGUGUUAAGAAAUGCCCAUUUGAGGCCAUAACAAUCAUUAAUAUACCCAGCAAUUUGGAGAAACAUACAACUCAUCGUUACGGCAAAAACUCCUUCAAACUCCACCGUCUCCCAAUUCCACGACCUGGUGAAGUGUUAGGAUUAGUUGGUCAAAACGGUAUUGGCAAAUCGACCGCUUUAAAGAUACUCGCAGGCAAACAAAAACCUAAUCUGGGAAGAUAUAGUGACCCACCAGACUGGACAGAAAUUCUAGCAUAUUUUCGUGGUUCAGAAUUGCAGAACUAUUUCACAAAAAUAUUAGAGGAUAAUUUAAAAGCGUUGGUAAAGCCGCAGUAUGUUGAUCAGAUACCUAAAGCGGUCCGUGGCUCUGUUGCGGAAUUACUCGACAAAAAAGACGAGCGCCAAAAUCAGCACGAAAUCUGUGAAAUGUUAGAUUUGCUGCAUAUACGAGAUCGUGAUAUAGCACAGUUAUCGGGAGGAGAACUGCAACGCUUCGCUAUUGCUAUGGUGUGCAUCCAGGAUGGUGAUAUUUUCAUGUUCGAUGAACCAUCGUCUUAUUUGGAUGUUAAACAACGUCUAAACGCCGCUUUAACAAUCAGACAUUUAUUGCACCCAACAAAGUUCAUUAUUGUGGUGGAGCACGAUUUGUCAGUCUUAGAUUACCUCUCUGAUUUCAUUUGCUGUCUCUAUGGCGUACCAGGUGUUUAUGGCGUGGUUACUAUGCCUUUCUCGGUACGUGAAGGCAUCAACAUUUUUCUGGACGGAUUUGUGCCGACCGAGAAUAUGCGUUUCCGUACUGAAUCGUUGACUUUUAAGGUAUCUGAAUCCGCUACCGAAGAGGAAAUUAAACGUAUGAACCACUAUGUAUAUCCUGCCAUGAAAAAGACAUUGGGUAAAUUUGAAUUGACCGUGGAGCAAGGCCAUUUCAGUGAUUCGGAAAUUCUUGUGCUAUUGGGGGAAAACGGUACUGGCAAGACCACAUUUAUUAGAAUGUUGGCCGGUAAUUUACAACCAGAUGAAGAGGUUGAUUUGCCAGUUUUGAAUAUUUCUUACAAGCCACAGAAAAUUUCACCAAAGUUCCAAAAUUUGGUGCGUCAUUUGUUGCACGACAAAAUUCGUGACGCCUACGUGCAUCCGCAAUUUAUUGCGGACGUUAUGAAGCCUAUGAAAAUCGAGGAAAUCAUGGAUCAAGAAGUACAGAAUUUGUCUGGUGGUGAAUUGCAACGUGUUGCUUUAGUUUUAUGUCUGGGAAAGCCAGCUGAUGUGUAUCUGAUCGAUGAACCGUCCGCUUAUCUAGACUCUGAACAACGUUUAGUAGCGGCUAAAGUCAUUAAGAGAUUCAUUCUACAUGCGAAACGCACAGGCUUUGUUGUAGAGCACGAUUUCAUCAUGGCUACUUACCUUGCGGAUCGCGUUAUUGUGCUCGAAGGUCAACCCUCAGUGAAAACUACUGCUUUCUCACCGCAAUCUUUGCUAAAUGGCAUGAAUAGAUUCCUGGAACUCUUAGGUAUUACUUUCCGCCGAGAUCCCAACAACUUCAGGCCACGCAUUAACAAAAACAACUCGGUUAAGGAUACCGAACAAAAACGUUCCGGUCAAUUCUUUUUCCUGGAGGAUGAUGCCGGCAAUUAAACGGAUAUACUAUCCAAUGGAAAUACAUUGCAUUUGCACUCGGAACCGUAUAUUGUUUAGACAUAAAUGUUUUUAUGCAUUCAACAGUUUUGUAAGCUUUACAAAAAAAAGGCGAAACAAAAAAACAUAGCUCAACCCAACCAAAUUUUGGUUUAUAUUAAGUGCGGAUUUAUAUUUUUGUAAUGUUUUUUUUGCUUGAUACCAAUUUUGUCUUGUAAUGUUAUCUAUAUUCUUCAAGCAUUACAGAGUUUUAUGUUACAAACUAUUUUAUACAAUUUUUCAACAAUACUAAAAUCGGAAAAUUUGUAAUAGAAAAAUAAAUUGUUUACAAAAGCGAACUAAGAGCCGACAAGAUGCAUAAA